AACACGUGGCAUUUGAGUGAGGAGCGCGCGCAACAUCUCUACAGCGGAAACAUACGGGAAAAGUAGAGAAAAACUGGGCGGUGUGGGAAUUUGGUCACAUGGAGCGCACAGACUAAAAACUGACGCGCUGAAAGUGAUUCAAACAGCUCUGCGUUAGUUAACGUGCGGAGAGAAUUUAAACAAGAAGAGCAGCGAUUUUCCGCUCUCAUAUAACGUGCGUAACUUUGACGUCAUUCGCACAGGUGUCAAGAGCAUCGUUGUGAUUGCCUUAACUCUUGUCCAGCUCUCAUUAGAGCAUUGUACAGCAGCUUGAGGUCACAUGAUGCCGUUUACAGUGAACCUGAUUGGCCCAUCCCCGUGGGGAUUCAGAAUAUCUGGAGGGCGAGACUUUAAAAAGGCCAUAACCGUUUCCAAGGUUAAUGCUGGCAGUAAGGCAGAAACGGCAUGUCUUCAGCCUGGUGACAUCAUAAUAGAGAUUAAUGGACUCAGUGCUGGUGAGAUGCUGAAUGUAGAGGCACAAAACAAAAUCAAGUGCUGCACGACACAACUGCAACUUCUUGUAGAAAGACCUGCUCCCCCCACUCCUGGUCAGACUAAUGGGAUUACAGAGCAGCUGGUUGGACGCUUUCAGGAAGCUGUGCAGGUGAGUCGAGAUGAAAACCAGAACUACAAAGAAUACACCAUCUCCAGCCCGGCAUCUCUGUCACCUGGUCCGUAUACACCAGAGCCACCUUCAAGCCCCGACCGCAGAGGGGGUAGGAUCACACCCACCAAUAAAAGCCUGCAGUUCCAUUCCUGGUCCUCAGAGGAGAAGAAUGUACAGAGUCACAGACUCUCUCGGCCCCUCUCUCAGGUACAGACAAUCUCUGAACACCUUUAUAAGAAAAAAAUGACAGAUCUGAAGCCACCAUUUUAUUUUGAAAUAGAAAAUCAGGAUGUCAUGGCACAAUAA